CGUGUGUCGUGAGCUGUAGGUGGAGUUUGUGCCUUUAUAGACAGUGUAAAGUGAUACUUCUGAACGGGGCCUGACACAAGAGCGACUUCCUAAAAACGCCUUCCACUGCAACGACUCGACGUUCGAGCCGCUUGAGAACUUGUUGACAUUGUGUGCUAACCGACUGAACUGAGAGCUCCUGUUGCUGAUCUCAAACCGUCUCCCUCUAGAUCUUUUGCCACUUUCAGUUUACAGCUGGGGAACGAGUACAGAACAAACUGUUGCCUACUUUUCCUGGAUGGAGACAGACGGUCUGCUGACCACGAGUGCCAGCGGAGACUAUGGCUCCGGGCUGGGCACAGAGCACAGGGAGUCCCCGGGCAGCAGACGGACGUCGUAUUCAGUCACCGGACAGUCGUGCAGUUUCGAGGGGGGCACCGAUGAUGAGGACCUCUACAUCCAACAAGCUGUUGUAUUCAUUGAGGAUGCCAUACAAUACCGGUCCAUCAACCACCGGGUGGAUGCCAGCUCACUCCGCCUGUAUCGAUGGUACUACUCCAGGAUAUGCCAGUGGGGCCUAGGCCUAACAAUUGCAGUGGUAUUGUUGCUGGCAUUUGUUGAGCGCCCGUCCUCUCUGUCUGCCUCUUUGGACCCCCGGCAUCGCUCUCCACCCUGGGAGCCUCCCUGUGGCUUCACCGAGAGCAUUGAAGCAGUCUGCCUCAUCAUCUUCUCUCUUGAUCUUGCUGUGAAGAGCUACUUGAUUGGCUGGGACGAAUUCAGGAAGAAUAAAUGGUUGAUUGGCUACAUGGCUGUCAUUUCGAUCUCCAUCAUCGACUGGGUGUUGUCUGUCAGCAUGGCAUGUGACGAGAGACUGAGAGUGCGGCGACUCUUCCGGCCGUUCUUCCUCCUGCAAAACUCUUCUCUGAUGAAAAAAACACUGAAGUGCAUCAAGAGGACACUGCCAGAGAUUGCCAGUGUCAUCCUGCUACUGGCGCUCCACCUCUGCCUCUUCACUAUGAUUGGCAUGCUGCUGUUUGCUAAAACUGAGGAUCCAAAGAAGAAUGAGGAGUGGAAGUUGUAUUUCAGAAACCUUCCUAACUCCCUUACCUCUCUGCUGGUGCUGCUCACAACAGCCAACAACCCAGACGUGAUGAUUCCUGCAUACUCCCUAAACAGAUUCUACUCUAUUUUUUUUGUGGCCUUCAGUGUAAUUGGAACCUACUGUCUGAUGAACUUACUGACUGCCAUAAUCUAUAACCAGUUCAGAGGAUAUUUACUGAUGUCAGUCCAAACAUCCAUCAUCAGGAGAAGAUUGGGUAUCAGAGCUGCUUUUCAAGUCCUCACUUGCCAGGGUGCUCGGCGAGCUACAGAGGAGGGUGUCCGUGUUGAUGCGGUGCUGGAGGUGAUGGCCAGGGUCCAGAUGAAGAGUUACUACAGAGCAGCCAUCACUACUGAGGCCCGGCAGUAUGCAGAUGUGGGCUACAUGGACCGAGAGCAGUUCAGGAAGAUCUUUGAUGAACUCGAUAAAGAUUGCAUUAAGGAGCACCCUCCCCUGCCCCAGUACAACUCUCCAGUUCUGCACAGAAUGCAGGAGGUCUUUAGUCACUACUAUCUCACUAUACUUGGCAAUGCAGUAGCACUAGCCAAUGUCAUGUGCAUAUGUACCGUCCUGGUGUUGAACUCUGAAAAGUCCACAGCGGAAAGAGACAACUAUGUCAUGGAGAUCAUCAACCUGUGCUUCAUCCUCUACUACCUCUUUGAAAUGUGCGUGAAGAUCUUUGCCUUCGGCUGGAGAGGGUACCUCUCCUACAGGAACAACAUCUUUGACGGCUUCCUCACCAUCCUGCUCUUGGUCCUACAGAUUACUAUAUAUGUCACCUACAGGCUUCCUUAUUCUCACUGGGACCCGUCCUCUCAUGGUGUAAUCUCUCUGUGGGAGAUGGUUCGUUUGAUCAACAUGCUGAUUGUCUUCCGCUUCCUGCGCAUCAUCCCAGAUAUUAAGCUCAUGGCUUUGGUUGCUAGUACACUGUUGGACCUGGUGAAAAACCUUAGAGCCUUUGCCGGGAUACUCAUGGUGGUAUACUAUGUGUUUGCCGUGUUUGGGAUUUGGCUGUUUCAGGGAGCCAUUAAACCCCCUCCAGCGAUGAGUGAGCUGUCCAAUACCACCAUGGAGAACAUCACGUCUAACUUCAGCAUGGAGUGUGGCACCUAUGAACAGCUGAACUACUGGUCAAAUAACUUUGAUGACUUUGCUGCAGCCAUCAUUUUGCUGUAUGAUGUCAUGAUAAUCAACAACUGGCAGGCCUUCUUGGACGCAUACAGCAGAUACACCACAGAGUGGUCCAAGAUCUACUUUGUGUGUUGGUGGCUCAUUUCCUCCGUCAUGUGGGUCAACUUGUUCGUAGCGCUCAUCUUAGAGAACUUCAUCUAUAAGUGGGACCGCAGUCAUGCCUGCUCAGUAACAGAUGUGGAGAAAAUCAGAUAUGAAACCUCUGUUCAGCUUAUGUUCAAAGAACAGAUCCAGGAGCCGACAGAAGAAGAAUUACUUUGUGAACUACACAAACAUCCUCACUUACACCUACACUGGUGACACACACACACACACGGUGAACACCAGCACUUACCUGCGAUAGUGAGUCAAUGACUGUGUGGUAGAAGUGCUGAGAGGUCUUAUUUUAAUUUGUAUUAUUGUAAUAUGUAACGGAUCUCUUGCUGAAGCCAACGAGAGACAUAUGUUGUUGUUAUUUUAUUUGUCAUGUUAUUGAUGGGUCAAACCACUGCAAUUCAGUUGUACAAAGGUUUCUUUUGGUAGAGACUCUUGAGCCAGGCACCAUUGGUUGAAUCACACAUGAGUUGGUGCAGCUAAAGAAUCUGUUAUGUGCUUUGUGUGCUUUAUGUGCCAAAAGUUUGGAAUUAAAAAAGAAUAAGAAAAUAAAUAAUGCAAUAUGGAAAGGAAUAAACACAACAAUAAGUCACAAAAGAUGUUGAAAUAUAAGGAUUAUAUAAAGAUUAUUAUAACGAGAGAGAGAGAGAGAGAGAACAAAAUAAAACAAUAAAUAAAUACAUUUACAUUAAUUUAUAAAAUGUUUAUUUAAGAAGGUAUCUGAUUGAGGCCCAGGAGACAGAGCAGCCAAAAAGAAAGAAAUGCCGAGAGAGAAGAAGAGUUGAGGAGGAAACAAUCCUUGCGCUGGAACCGUUGCUGAGAGGGUUUGGUUGUCAGCAACCUCUUUAAAUGUGUCAAUAAACUAAGAACACAAUUAAUGACAAUUGUACUUCAAAAAUAUAAUGAUGUAAACACAGUUAUAAUGAGGGUUUUCUUUUAGUUUUUGACAAUGAAAUCUGUGUCGGUUGAUUUGAUUUGUUCCUUGUAGCCUUGAAUUUUGAAAGGCUCGCUGAAAGUUGCUGAACAUUCCUUCAAGAUGAAGUCAGUGUCGACUGAAGCGUAACUGGUAGAAUUGAACUUAAAUGAAAGUGGUAUACAAUUACAUAUGCCCAUGUUCUGCAUUUUUUUUUUUUUUAAGAAUUUUUAACUUAAAACACUAGCAGUUUUAUAUGCUCAGUCUGAUUACACAAAAUCAUCAAGUGUUGUGUUCAAAACACGAUAAAAACAAUUGUUUACACACUCAAAUUUUGUUUUGGCCCUCCUGUUAAAUUUGAUAAAACACAUUUACACCCCAAACUGUCGAUAUUUUUGCAUUUCCACAUUUAUUUUCUUAUUCUUUCAUUCUUUCACAGAUUUAUUUUUUUGUGGGACUCCUAUCAUUCAGUACAUUUCAUUGUCAAAUACCAUACUAUAUCAAUCUGUGUUUUGCAACAAAAGGAAUCAGACAGACCACAGAAGGCACCUACCAAUUUCACAUCUGGCAACUGAACAUUUAGAAGGUAAAUUCAAGUUUAACUACUGUAUGUUUGCUUGCCAGAUUGUGGCAAUAAUUUCAGUGAAACAAACAGAAAUGACGUGAGUACGUAUGAAGCAUUGAGGAAGAGCCUCCAGAGUAGUCUGGUUUACAGCCUGUCCACAUCUGGUGUGAACAUCUCUGCUGGGUAAUCCAGUCAGAAGUGGACAGCUCUGAGUACCAGCAUGAAGACGUAAUGAUGAUACACAUAAAAAAUCGCAGUAGUUUUCAUAGCUAAACUAAAUUCAUAUUCUUAAUUAUUUGAUCCAGAUUUGGUACACCUAGCUGAAAAGUGACUUUUUCUUUUCCUUAAUACUUAUUUAAAUGAGGCAGUUACUGACACGUUAUAAGACACCUCACUCCAAAUUUCACUCCAGAAUUGCCUGAAUAUUCUCUUUGUUUUUGUUUGUCCGAAUUAAAGAAUGUUUCAUGCCUUUGUUUUCAUCUUCUUCUGAGACUAGUUUUUUUGAUUUUGUUAUUUGGGCUCACAAUGUCAUUCACCUCCAAAAAUAAAAUGAAUUUUCUUUGA